CCAACCUGCGCCGCUCCAACAUGGCUCCGAGGCUGUGCAGCAUCUCUGCGGCGGCGCGGCAGGUGCUGGGGGCCCCUGGACCUCGCCCCCGCAAGGUGCCGGCGGUGACCCCGGCGCGUUUCUAUUCCAAGGAUGCUGAAGGCAGCUGGUUCCGCUCCCUCUUUGUUCACAAGGUGGAUCCCCGGAAGGAUGCCCACUCUACCCUGCUCUCCAAGAAAGAGACCAGUAACCUGUACAAGAUCCAGUUUCACAAUGUGAAGCCUGAGUGUCUGGAUGCCUACAACAGUCUGACGGAAGCUGUGCUGCCCAAGCUACACCUGGAUGAGGAUUACCCCUGCUCACUCGUGGGCAACUGGAACACGUGGUAUGGGGAGCAGGACCAGGCAGUGCACCUAUGGCGAUUCUCAGGCGGCUACCCAGCCCUCAUGGACUGCAUGAACAAGCUCAAGAACAACAAGGAGUACCUGGAGUUCCGGAAGGAGCGGAGCCAGAUGCUGCUGUCCAGGAGGAACCAACUGCUCUUGGAGUUCAGCUUCUGGAAUGAGCCACUGCCCAGAGCAGGCCCCAACAUCUAUGAGCUGCGGACCUACAAACUCAAGCCAGGAACCAUGAUUGAGUGGGGGAACAACUGGGCUCGGGCCAUCAAGUACCGGCAGGAGAACCAGGAGGCAGUGGGUGGCUUCUUCUCACAAAUUGGAGAGCUCUACGUCGUACACCAUCUGUGGGCCUAUAAAGACCUGCAGUCCCGUGAAGAGACUCGGAACGCCGCCUGGAGGAAGAGGGGCUGGGACCAGAAUGUUUAUUAUACGGUCCCCUUGGUGCGGCACAUGGAAUCUCGAAUCAUGAUCCCCUUGAAGAUCUCGCCUCUCCAGUGACUGAAGCCUCUGAUUCCUACCCCUUCUCCCUCAGGGCUGCCCAGGGCAGAGGGUCUCUUGGGCCUUCCAGCUUUUUUUUUUUUUUUCUCUUGGAUCUGGGAGGACCCUGAGGGGGUUAUAUUAGUUGGGCUCAUGGGGAGCUAAAGGUUGAUGGGGUCCUGACGACUCCGGCACUGUCUACCCAGAGCCUUUCCCACCUAGCUCCUCCCCUGCCACCCCGAAGUAGUUUGAGAUGUCUCUGAAGAACAGUUCAUGUCAUGGGUUCACACAUUUCUUCCCACAAUUCCUUUUCUCAAGGCUUGUGUCAGUCUCCAGUGGUUAUCUCAGAUGCCCUUGGUUUAGCUUAGUUUACACAACUAUACCAUACCCGCAGCACUUCCCUGGUCUCUACUUUGGGCCAUGCACUUCCGGGACAAUCUGAGCCAAAUUCCUCCUGCUGUGGAAAAGGCUGAAACUGCCAAAACCCCUCAAAUCAGAGCACCCAGAGGGGCAGGGGCAAUGGCACAAGGGGACAGGAGGCAGUCCCAGAAGCCACAACUUCAGAAUUCAGUCCUUGAGUGUGAACCGCAGGAUGAGGAAGAUAGAAAGUGAGAGAAGACCACUUGGGGAGGGGUUGCUAACUACUAGAAAGAUGGGGAGAGGGACUCAUCCAUUUCUUCCCAUGUCACGGCUUGAAAACUCAAAUUUGCCAUUCCCUGUCCUUUAUCAGCCCUCCGUCCUCCCGGCAGGCACAAGUACAGGCCAGGGCCUCCUGUCCCCUCCACCUGUGCUCCUGUGCCCCACGUGACAUUCUGUUAGCCCAGCCCUUAUUUUUACAUGGAGGUUAGUGAGUAGAGUUGGGUAAAGAAUUCUGGGACCUUCCUCAGUGACCCCCCGCACCAUACCUCAUGAUCCUCCCCUUUCCCCAAAAUUACUGAUUCUGCCUCCUUUCCAGAAAAACAAGUCGUGGGGGAUGUUGAUGGAACCAAUUAAAUAUUUA